AUGCUCGGUUGGAGCUUUAGUAAAGCUGGCCAACAGAGGGAGCUGCUAGGUCACAUGACCAGCAAGCUGGGUGAAUGUCUGUAUACAGGAGAAGGUGGGGAAAGAAAAAAAAAGAGAAGAACAAUCUGUUCGAACUCUCGCUCAGCCUUAAUGGAGGCCCUCGGUAGAAAGCAGCCUGCUGCUUUGGUCAAAGGGAUCACAGGGGAGAGAGCACCAAUGAAGACUGAGACGAUGAAAGACUCACACAAUGAAGCAGAAGAAGGGCCUGAGGAGCCCUCGAUCAAGCGAGUAGAACUUUCUAAAACAGCAGAAGAGCUGAAUGGGACCUUUAAGAGCACAGAGUCUGACAAAGCUCAGCAGGACCUUGAUGUCCAAAGGUCAUCCACCCAGGCGCAUGCCAUGGAGAAUGGACUCUCAGAAACUGAUCCUCCUCACGGCUCCACAGUGGGCAGUAAUGGAUAUAUUCUCACUAAGGUCCAGGAUGACUCGCCAGCUACCCAACACAGGACUAACUGGUCCCCUAAGGGGACUUCGCCCAUAGGGUACGCAGCUAAAACACUCCCUCUUUCAGCUACAUCCCAAACCCAGGGCCAGGGAGCUUUAAGGACUAACACAAGCACAGGGCCUUGUCUGGCAGAGGGGUGCUUGGAAAAUGAGACUAAAAAUGGCACUGCUAUGAACAUGCCUCCACGUGUGACAGUACACAGAGCACGCAAGACCAUGUCCAGGCCAGCCUCGAAUCACGCACUAAAGGUUUUAAACAGGGAAAUAAAAGAGCCAAGCGUGGUGAAAGGUGAGGGUGUGGACAGACCCGAAGCUCAACUGCCUGUGCAGGCUCCUCCCACUCAGAACCAGCUACCUCAGAAGCAACCUGAUGCCACACCAGCACCAAUCGCCACACCAGCCAAGCCACACACAGCAUCUGUGUUGAGGAAGAAGAAGAGAAAGAUGGGAACAUAUAGCCUUGUUCCCAAGAAGAAGACCAAAGUGCUAAAGCAGCGCACGGUGCUGGAGAUGUUCCAGCGUGUGCCCCAGUCUCCGCCCACUCCUCAGCAGCCAAAAGAGGCCAUACAGGUGAACGGGGAUCGAGCAGAGAACGAGUCUGAAGAAUACGAGUCAGAUGAUGAUUCCGAAGAUGAAGAAGAGACGACUGGAAAAGAAAUGGCUGAAACAUCUCAGGAGGACUGCAGACUGGCUUCAAUCCCACAGCUUGGAGAGGAGCAUGAGUCUGAAGAGACUGGAGAAGAGGAAGGGGAAGAAGAGCAAGAUGAGUCAGAUUUGAGUUCUGAAUCCAGCUUAAAGAAGAAAGUGAAAAAGAAGGCCAAGGCAGACAGCCCUUGGCUCCGGCCUGCCAGAAAACGUAAAAAGAAGUUGAAGACAAAGUCCAUGGAGAUUUCAGGUAUGCACGCCCACGCUCGGUUAGAGAUUUCAGCCCAAACUCCUGCUCCUGUCCCUGCCCCUCCUGACCAGGACAAAGAGUACACAGAGGUUCCAUUAGAGUCACUUAACCUGAAAGCCCAGGAUGCCUUGAUGAACAAUGAAAGCACGGAUGCCUCGAGCACAGCACAGAGUUCAGCAGCAGACAUGGUGCAGGAGCUUCCGCUGUGUAGCUGCCGCAUAGAGACACCCAAGAGCCGAGAGAUCCUUACUCUGGCUGACAGGAAGUGCAUGGCCACCGAGAGUGUGGAUGGACAGCUGAGUCGUUGUCAAAGCGCAGUGCUGAAGCAUGAGAUGAUGAGGCCAUCGAACUCUGUGCAGCUGCUGGUGCUGUGUGAGGAGCAUCGCACAGCAAUGAUCAAACAUCAGUGCUGCCCUGGCUGUGGCUACUUCUGUAGGGCGGGAACCUUCAUGGAGUGCCUGCCAGAGGUGAACAUCUCUCACCGCUUUCAUCGGCACUGUGCGUCGGUGCUGAAAGGUCAGAGCUUCUGUCCACACUGCGGCGAGGAGGUCAGCAAGGCCAAAGAGGUCACCAUUGCCAAAGCAGACACCACCUCUACAGUGCCCGAGAGCCAGAGCCCCAGCACUCCAGGGACUUCAGAGGGCAAGGCAGACACCACCACUGAAGGGCCGUCUCGCCUCUCGUUAUUUGGAGAAGAGAGCGUAGACAGCACUUUAUCCAGACCUUCUGAAGCUGAGAAUGGAUCACUUACCCCAGAAGCCAACAGGCCAGAGAAUAUGGGUGCAGGAGCUGGGGCUGGACCCCCUCUAGCACCUGCUAAGGAGACUCUAGAAACCAUUUUGCUAGCACUGGAUGCUGAGAAGCCCAAGAAGCUUCGCUUUCACCCUAAACAGCUGUACAUCUCUGCUAAGCAGGGAGAGCUGCAGAAAGUCUUAAUGAUGCUCGUGGAUGGAAUUGACCCAAAUUUUAAGAUGGAGAGCCAAAGCAAACGUACGCCUCUCCAUGCAGCAGCUGAGGCCGGACAUCAGGAGGUCUGCCACAUGUUAGUCCAGGCUGGUGCAAACCUGGACAUAUGCGAUGAAGACCAGCGCACGCCUCUGAUGGAUGCCUGUGAGAACAAUCAGCUGGAAACAGUAUGCUACCUACUGAGAGCUGGAGCCAUCAUUUCCAACAAGGAUGCUGAAGGCUCUUCGUGUCUCCACCUUGCUGCUAAGGCUGGACAUAUAAAUAUCGUAAAACACUUGCUGUUUUCAGGCCUUAUGGACAUUAACUGUCAGGAUGACGGUGGCUGGACAGCAAUGAUUUGGGCGACAGAGUACAAGCACAUCGAGCUGGUCAAGCUGCUGCUAUCUAAAAGUGCUGAUCCUAACAUCAGAGACAAGGAGGAGAAUAUCUGUUUGCACUGGGCAGCAUUCUCUGGCUGUUUGGAGAUUGCUGAUGUUCUUCUGAGUGCCAAGUGUGAUCUUAACACCGUUAAUGUGCAUGGAGACUCGCCAUUACACAUCGCAUCGCGGGAAAACCGGUUGGAUUGUGUCACGUUGUUUCUGUUGCGGGGGGCGGAUGUAAACCUAAAGAACAGGGAAGGAGACUCCCCACUAGAGUGCUGCAGCCAGAGCUCCAAGGUGUGGAGUGCUCUGCAUGCCAACAAGAGGCAGAGGGAGGCGAGCGGUGAAGGACACACUUCAGGAGAGAAGCUCCUCAACAGGGAUAUAUCUCGAGGUUAUGAGAAAGUUCCUGUGCCAUGUGUGAACGCUGUGGACAGUGAGCCCUGCCCCAAUGACUACAAAUAUGUGCCUGACAGCUGUGUCACCUCCCCCAUGAACAUAGAUAAAAACAUCACCCACUUACAGUAUUGCGUCUGUAAAGACGACUGCUCGUCGGCCAGCUGCAUGUGCGGUCAGCUCAGUCUGCGCUGCUGGUAUGACAAGGAGAGCCGUCUGCUGCCGGAGUUCUGCUCUGAGGAGCCGCCUUUCAUUUUUGAGUGCAACCAUGCCUGUUCCUGUUGGAGAACCUGCAAAAACCGCGUUGUACAAAACGGACUACGGAUUCGUUUGCAGCUGUUCAGGACCCAAAAAAUGGGCUGGGGUGUUCGGACAUUACAGGACAUCCCGCAAGGGACCUUUGUCUGCGAGUAUGUCGGGGAAAUCAUCUCAGACGCAGAAGCAGAUGUCCGGGAGAUUGAUUCCUAUCUUUUCAGCCUGGACAGCAAGGUUGGCGAUAUGUAUUGUAUCGAUGCCCGUUUCUAUGGCAACAUCAGCCGGUUCAUAAACCACCACUGCGAGCCGAACCUGUUCCCCUGCCGAGUGUUCACCUCCCACCAGGACCUGCGCUUCCCGCACAUCGCGUUCUUCGCCAGCAAGAACAUCAGCGCCGGAGACGAGCUAGGGUUUGAUUAUGGUGAUCAUUUCUGGGACGUGAAGGGCAAACUGUUCAGCUGCCAGUGCGGCUCGUCUCAGUGUAAGCACUCGGCAACGGCGAUCGCUCAGCAGCAGGCGGACAGCACACCUGGAGAACAGCAGGCCACCACCCUCCCAGAUACCAGCUCGUCUACCACACCACCCAGCCCCACCUGAGCUUUGCCACACUCUCCUGCCCUUCUCCUCCAUCCACCAGCCAUCACCAGCGCGCGCACACCCCAGCAGGGGAAUCCUAGCAGAGGCAGCCGAGUUGGUUUAACUCUUUGUUGGACUGCAGAUGAAGGGUUAUGCACAUGUACAGAGAUUUCUUAUUAGCGGAGGAUAAACUGUGACUAUGGUGCUGUCGAGAUUGGCUCUCAGAAAGCAGAGGUUGUCCUCAAGGCUGUCCUCGAGCCCCUGCAGGAUCAUGAGUCACUCCGUGUCCUUUGAAGAACAUGCAGAUGAUGAUGAUGAUAUUCUAACGUUCCCAACAUCCACGCGCAAUCCAAAAGCCGUGGUGCGUUUACUUUACUUUUUUCUACAGAUUGUCUACAGGUUUUCAGAUGUGAGAUGCACUCACUUGUGGCACACUGACAUUUCUCAAGGACUUCAUUCUGCAGGAACAUAUGAUGAAGCUUUUGAAAUUCCGAAUGAUGUUCAAUAAUUGGAAAAUCUUUUUCUUUCUGAUUUUAAAUUUCCCCAAAUAAAUGUUGCAUUUUAUUAAAAAGAAAAAAAAAAGCUGGUUGUGUGAUGAACAUGUCUGUUUUUUGUUUGUUUGUUUUUUUCCCCUCCCCGCAGUUGACUCCUGUCCAUCUGUGUGUGUAGUUAAUUCUCAUCGGUGCUGGACAUUAUUUAUUUGCCAGUGUUUGUCAAUCAGUUCCCAUCUGCUGGAUGCGUUCUCGUAAUCCUGCACACACCAUGGGAGGGACCGUGAGCCUCAGAGACAAACUGCUCACUUUGAGCUGGCUCCUGCAUGUUACUGAAUAAAUCUGAAAAGCUUUUUUUAUGCUGUUUCAUUGCUGUGAAACUGUAAACUGGUCAUGAGAAAACUUCUGACCGCCCUGCUUUAUGACCUCCAGGAGCGGACGAACACAUCUCCGUAGCGGCGGUCUGUCUUUCCUUCAUGAUUAUCACGUCGAAACUUUAACAUUUGGCAUUAAAGGCCAUGUGUAGUCCAACAGGAAUUUCGGUUAGGGAAUUUGUGGUUAUUGAAUACUGCAAAUGGUGCUGAACAAAGAUUUUGUUUGUUUUUAUUUUUUUAUAACUCAAUGUGAGAGUACAUCCUGAAAUAAGAUUAACCAAGUGAUGUUUGGUUUUUUUCCUUAUUUUUUAUUAAAUUUACCUCCAGUUUUCUAACUGUAGAUGACAUUGUAAGCCUGUACCCAUUUUGUUACAUUUAAUGAUUUAACGUUGAUGGUGAAGCUUUUGUCUUAUUUUUUUUUUUUAAUGUUGAUAGUAUAGUCACAACCAUUGUGCUCAUUCUGCCAUGUAGAUCCAAAACACUGCAAAAUGAAUGGAGGGAAAAACGCUACGUUUUUCUCAAAUGAGACACGAAAGUGGUUGUAAUUUUUUUUCUCCAAUAAAUUCUAUUAUACUUCUAAUAAAA